CCAUCCGCACCCUCCACCCCCGGCCCAGUUUACCACUCAUAUCAACUACCUGGAUCUAUUUGUCCACUGCUCGAAUGAUAGGUAUCCAUACUUUGCUAAUACACAAAGGUCCACCAUAUUUCUUGAAAUCCCACUUCAAAGACGAGGUCCGUGGCGUUCAAUCAGCUUUCGCUCGGAGAAUGAGGCGAACCUGAGCUGCCACAGAAGGAGAAAGUCGCUAUUUGUAGCUCGCUGAAUGUUCAGCAAGUUGGAGUGUCUUUCAUGAGGGAACUUCCAUUGAAUUCCGUCAGCUUGAACAGGAAAAGGCGAUAAACAUCCGCAGUGCCGCCGAUUGUUGCGAGACAACAAGAGUAUACCUGCCCGCAUAAAGUCAACAAAGGAUGUUGUCUUGGCUAAGUGAGUGUCUAUGGGCAGACUGGAUUUGGUUCCCUGAGGGCUUUGGAUGGGCCGACCUCAACGACUCCAAAGAUGAUGUCGUCCUGCCUCAAGCUAGGGACCUGUGGGCUUUCAUCCCCAUUGCUCUCUGCUUCCUGGUCAUCAGGCAGAUAUUUGAACGGUGGGUAGCAAUUCCUCUGGCAUCUCUGCUGGGAGUGAGUGACAAGAGACGUGUUUGUCCUCCCCCGAAUUCCACGCUGGAGGCCUUUUUCUGCAACAUAUCUAAGCAUCCCACGCAGACCUCUUUAGAAAAGCUAAGCAAGCAGACAGACUGCUCAGUGCGCCAGGUUCAGCGAUGGUUCAGGCAGCGGAGGAACCAGGACCGACCCAGCAAGAUCAAAAAGUUUCAGGAAGCCAGCUGGAGAUUUACCUUUUACUUUAUUGCUUUCUUCGCUGGCCUGGCAACCGUUAUUGAUAAACCAUGGUUCUAUAAUAUGAAGAGGAUGUGGGAUAACUUCCCAAAAAUGCCAGUAUUACAGUCUCAAUACUGGUACUACAUGACUGAACUGGGCUUCUAUGUGUCCCUGCUUGUGAGUGUAGCAUCAGAUGUCAAACGUAAGGAUUUUAAAGAGCAAAUAGUUCACCAUGUUGCCACCACUGUCCUCAUCGGGUUUUCCUGGCUGGUCAACUAUAUCAGGGGAGGGACCUUGAUCAUGUUAGUGCACGAUGCAGCCGACUAUCUUAUGGAGUCAGCCAAGAUGUUCAACUAUGCAGGUUGGAAGAGGACCUGCAACUGCAUCUUUACAGUCUUUGCUGUUGUUUUCAUCAUCUCCCGCCUCAUUAUUUUCCCUUUCUGCAUCUUACACGCCACGUUGGUGUAUCCCAUGACACUCUACAAGCCCUUUUUUGGCUUCUACUUCUUCAACGGGCUGCUGUUGGUGCUGCUGGCUCUGCACGUCUUCUGGGCGGUGCUCAUCGUCCGCAUGGUCAUCAAGUUCCUCCCCGGCAACGACAUCGUUGAGGACGAGCGCAGCGACAAAGAGGAGACCGAGUCCGACGACGACGAAGACGAUGAAGACGGCAGCAGCGAGCGCAAUGGAACGAUGAAAAACGGCCGCGUGCGGAACGGUCACACUCCCCUCAACAACAACCGCAGAAAAACGGACUGAGCGGACUGUGAGAGCAGCUGGGCCAGGUGGAAAGCCUUCAUGUGGCACCUGGAAGGCAAAGAGCGGGAAGGUGGCGUGAAGAGAGGCAACACACACACACACACACACACACACUUGAUAAUACAAUAUCCAAAUUGAACAAUGAAACAUAUCAUGAUUAAGUGCCUUUGGUACUGAAAUGUCUUUUCUCUUCACCCAAUCACACGUAGUUGUUGCCACACUGCUUGUAGCUUUUUCUCGUCACUGGGAGCUGCUGAGGUUUGGACAGACAUUCCUUAAGUCUGAUGACACUCUGCCCUUUAAUAUUGAUGGCUGCUUGUGACUAAUUACUCUAAAACCAGUGUACAAGGAAGGUACACCGUCUUAGUAUGGACCAUCGCUUGCGCAGCAGAAUGCUAAAUAAGACAUUUUAACAGUUUGUGACUCGCCCCCAAGGUCAAAACUGAAAUCAUUUGUUGUUACGGAUUUUUUUUUUGUUGCCUUUUUCCAUACCAAACACACGCACAGUCCAAAAUCAUUUUAACAUUCUCGCCUAUGCUUGACGUGUAUUUUUAGUUAAUGUGAUGUUUGCUUUCAGUCGACAUAAACUGUUGGGUGUAAACCCAAACUUACACACCAGGGGUGUGCAGCGUGUUAGUGUUAUUGGGAUAGAUUAUUAAAUACAGUGGAACCCGUUUAUGACGUCCCGCUGCACCGGGUUCUUAAUAAACAUUCAACGUCGACAUACGUAGUCGACCGCCAUACAAUUGAGCAUGAAAAAUGUUGUCAAUCACAUUGCAGCCUUGAUUUGCGUCAUUAAUUUGUUCCAGAAGGUCUGACUCUAACCGAAACGGACGCUAACCGAACCAAUAUUUUCCAUAAGAAAUUAUGCAAGUCCAACGAAUCCGUUCCGGAAAGCCAAAAAUGUUAACACAGAAGACGUUUGUAUAGUUUUACAAUCACAGUAAUCCCUGUGAUUUGCCACGUUUUUUUCAGGAUUUAAUUAAUGAUCGCUGUUUUGUGGUGGACUACGGCCUAUUAUUUGUCCAAAAAAAUGCAUAUUUAAGCAAAUCUGAUGUAUUCUUGGCCUAAAUAAAGCAUUUUCAAGCGUAAAAAUUGCUAAAUGAAGGAAAAUACAAGCCCUUGGUACACUGUAAAAUACAGGAAGUUGUUCAGUAUCCAAUCCGGCACUGAUUGGCCAGAUCCACCCCCAUGUUGUCACACAGCGGAAAGUAUCUUUGCUCUUGUGAGUGACUGAUUUCGGAGAACUUUUAUGUAAACUCCAUGAUAGCUUCUAAACAUGCUGCCUUUUCUUCAUUCUUGUUUAUGCCUAAUUUCUGCCAUUUUCCAUCAUAAUACUGAACAGUAUUAUGCUUAUUAUAUUUGGUUCUAUGAGUGUAAAGGUGAUCUCGGGGUGUUAUUUCAUGUCCACAGGGCUCUAAUAAUGCUAAAAAAUGUAUUUACAAGUUUUUGAACAGGAUUUUUUAUGCUCUAAAUACAAAGGUAUUGCAUUUAUUAACAUUGAUUCAUAUAUCACGGUCGGGCUUGGAACCAAUUAACAGUGAUAAACGAGGGAUUACUGUAUAGUUUUACAUCCAUCCAUUUUCUAUGCCGCUUGUCCUCACUAGGGGUCGCGGGUUAACUAGGGUCUUAUAGUUUUAUAUGCAGGAAACAAUUCCAAAUGCAUAUAAAUGAUGAAUGAAAGGGAUAAAUGAGCAUAUAAGGUUACUUUUACCUUCACUGAAGACGUGAUUCUUCAUGUGAGUGUUCCCAAAAACACGAUGCGGCAGCGAGACGCAACACGGACACCACCUUACUGUUUUUCCACGAGUUAUUUCUUGAAUGCAACAGUGUUUCUCACCUCAAGUCUCUGCUUUUCUUUUAAUCACGGCUGCAAAAUGACCCAAAGUGGAGCCACAGAAAGUUUCAAGUGCCGGCAUUUUGAUCAAGAAGGUGAGAAACACGAUUGAAUUCACAAAAUAACUCAUGGCAAAACAUGAAGAUGGUGUCCGUGUGGCUCCGACUUACCCUUCUCCCUCACCGCUCAUCGCCAUUUUCGCCAAGAAGAGUCUUCAUUAAAGGUAAACGUGAGGUGAAAAGUUCAUUUAUCCAUUUCAUUCCUCAUGUGUAUGUAUUUAGCAUUGUUUUCCGCAUGUAAAUUUGUAAUUAUUCUUCAUAUAAGGUGUUAACAGUUUUGGUUUUCUGGAACGGAUGUAUUAGAUUUACAUUAUUUCCUUUGGCAAUUUGAACAACGGAAACCGAGGUACCACUGUUUGUCAACUUCCUCGUUAUCGCUAAUCAGCGUGAAACGACAACGGUAAUACCACUGCCGUCUUGUUACAGCGUGAAAACGUGCACACGGUGACUUCCUGUUGAGUUUAAAUUAAGAUUCAACAUAAAAGCAUGGUAGUUUUCCCUGCAUUCUACCACCAAAACUAACAAAAUCCAGUCUUUUUUUUGUUUGUUUGUUUAAAGAUAGUUGCAGGAAAUGGCUAGUUUUGGUUAUUUUGACGUCAGCAGUCCAGGGGGUGUCGACGCAAACAGUCCCACGGUACGACACUAAUAAUUAGCCGUCACCUACAGUGUAACACAGAAGCUAUGAUAUGAUGAUUUGGUCAGGUAGCUUAAUAUAUUUAAUGCAUAUAUAGAAUGUGCUAAAUGUAUCACAGUGAACCCCACAUUCAAAUUUCCUGUAUGGUCGAAAAUGGACACCCUUAUGCAGUGGAACCUCAGUUAGCGUCCGCCCCGGUUUUGUGUUUUUCAGUUAACGGCAACAUUUUGCCUCGGUUUAAGUACAUUUUGCAGUUAGUGUACAAUACGGCGCGCGUCUUGUCGUGUUAUUAAUACGCUGCGUGAGUCCGACUGUGUUCUUAAUGUGUUUGUAUCACGAAACGUCCUUGGCUUCUAACAAAGAAGCUAGCUUGUUAAAUGCAAAAUGGCACCCGGGACGGGAAGUCUGCUACGUAGCCCGUCUAUGACAUCAUCAGGGGUUGACUCAAAAAUGUUAACACAAAACACCUUCUAAAUGCGUAUAAAUAACGUAUAAAUAAAAGGGAUAAAUGAAGAUUUAAGCUUACCUUUACUUUCAUUGAAGAUGUGAUUGGUCCCAAAGUCUCGAUGUAGCAGCGAGACACUACACUGACACCAUCUUCCUGUUUUUCAGUUCACUUCAAUGGUGUUUUUCACCUUCUCUAGUAAAAUGCUAGCACUUGAAACCGUCUGUGGCUCCAUUUUGGAUUAUUAAGGUGAGAAACACUAUUGAAUUCAAGAAAAAACUCAUGGCAAAACAGUAAAGUGGUGUCUGUGUUGUGUCUCGCUGCCACAUCGUGUCUUUGGGAACACUCGCAUCAAGAAUCACGUCUUCAAUGAAGGCAAAAAUGUUAAUUUAAUCCUUUUAUUCAUCAUUUAUAUACAUUUGGAAUUGUUUACCGCAUGUAAAACUAGAAUCUUAAAGCUAAAAAAACGUGUUUUGUGUUAACAUUAUUGGCUUUCUGGAACGGAUUCAUUGGAUUUACAUGAUUUCUAAUGGCCAAAAUUGAUUCACUUAGUGUCGGACCUUGGAACGAACUAAUAACGCUAACCAAGGUUCCGCUGUGUUCCUAAGUUCUUCGUGGGAUGUAUUCAGAAACAUUUCAGUGUUCUCUUCAACCAAAGAUGCACUUUAUGGCUGCCUGGACGGAUCUAUUGAAAGAUAGUCAGACCAUAUUCAGUGUUACAUUCGAAUCCCAGUCUAACUGACUCAGGUUUGCGUCCUGAUUUGUUUUUAAGGUGUGCGUUACUGUCCACCAAAGAUUGGCUGUCAGUAGUGUUUUGUGUCAAAAUUUGUUGAUUCAUUCAUUAACAAGAACAUCAGCAGAGUAUGGUUGACAAGUGCCUUUAUCAUUUGGACUGCUGUUUGCCACUAGAUGCCAACAAAUAAUGCACUCUGGGCCUCCCUACUCACCUUUUCCUUUGAGUUUUGUCCUCGUAGAAAAGUGUAUUCAGGCUAUGGCAACACUGAUGCGGAUAUUAUUAAAAGAAAAAAAAAUGUCUGUUCACAUAAAAACACAUUCACUGGCAAGUCAUUGACAUUUUGGCCAAUUGGAAGCCUGAAGAAGCUACAAUGUACAUUGUCUUUACAUCAGAAAUGUUUUCUUUAACUGCCUGUACGUGUUAUAAGGCGUACGCACACGCAAAAUGAAACCAACACCCAUAAGUCAAUACCUUCAUGUUCUGUUGGGAAAAAAGCUUUAAAAAUAUGAGAUUACUAUGGAAGCCCGUUUCCGCAACUGAAAGAAAAUAAAUGGUAAGUCAUUAUGAGAUAAAAAAUUGAAAUUAUCAAAUAAGAAAAUUGAAAUUAUAGAUUAAAAGGUCCAAAUUAUGACAUAAAAAGGUGAAAUUAUGAGAUAAAAAAUUGAAAUUAUGAAGAAAAGGUAGAAAUUAUGAGAUAAAAAGUCAAAGUUAUGAGUUAAAAAGUCAAAAUUAUGAGAUAAAAAAUUUUAAUUAUAAAAUAGGAAAUUGAGAAUGAUGAGAUAAAAAGUCAAAAUGACGAGUCAUAACUAUGAGAAGUCAAAAUUAGGAGAUUAUGAGAUAAAAAGUCAGAAUUAUGAGAUAAAAUGUUGAAAUUACAAGAUGAGGUCAUAAUUAUGAGAAGUUGAAACUUUGAGAAAGUCAUAAUUAUGAGAUAAAAAGUCAAAAUUACAAGAAUAAGUAGUAAUUAUGAGAUGAGAUGAAAAGUUAAAAUUUCGAGAGAAUUAUGUGAAGUCAAAAUUAGGAGAUAAAAAGUCAGAAUUAUAGGAGAGUCAUGAGAUAAAAAGUCAUAAUUAUGAGAUAAAAUGUUGAAAUUAUGAGAUAAGAAAUCUGAAUUAUGAGAUGGGAAAGUCAUAAUUAUGACAUAAAAAGUUGAAAUUGAGAGAUUAAAAAAAUCGAAAUUAUGAGGUAAAUCAAAAUUGCAAGAUAAAAAGUAGAAAUUACGAGAGUCAGAAUUAUGAGAUUUCAAAAUUCUGAGAUAAAAAGUAGAAAUUAUGAAACAAAAAGUCGGGAUUAUGAGAUAAAUAAUCAAAAUUACGAUGUCAAUCAAAAUUAUGAGAUUUAAAAAUCCAAAUUCUGAGAUAUAAACUGCGCAUGUGCCGAGUGCCAUGUGACAAAGGCUCCAGUGAAGAAGGCGGCACACGUGCAGUUUGUACCUCAUGAUUAUGACUUACCAUUGGGAUAUUUUUAUUCUUUCAGUGGCGGAAACGGGCUUCCAUCGAUUAUGUCCCACAUUUCUGAGGACACAAACCAAAAAAUGUCACUUUUAUAGUCCACAGGGAGUUGGAGCAAGACUUACUCAAAAGCUCCGUUUUUAAGGACAAAAAAACUUGGUUGAGUGUGGACGAGAGGCCAUAAUGCAUAGAAAUGUAUGCCUGUUUAAAAUGUGCGUAUUUGUGUGGGUUUGGCCUUAGUGUGCGUCUUGUGUUGCUGAGAUGUAAUAUACUGAUGAUGAAAAUAUUUGUCCAUGCUUUAUUGGAAGUAAAGUCUGUAAGAUUUCAGCCAUUAUUAAUGUCAAGCUUGAAGGCAAAAAUAAAGUGGACUCACCCUAAA